AUGGCCUGGAGACAGCUGCUCCUUGUCGCCUGUUUCUCUGCCGCGAUGCUCCUGUGCAUGCUGCGGGAGGGGACCGGCGCAUCCGUGGGCACCGGGCAGGGGCCUGGACAAGAGGCCCGGAAAGGCAUGGAAGAGAAGGUUUUCGUGCAGGAAUCAGACGCCUCAAAUUUCCUCAAGAAGCGUGGCAAGCGAUCCCCCAAGUCCCGAGAGGAGGUCACCGCGGAGAACAGGCAGAAGCUGCGGGCUGAUGAGCUACGAAGGGAAUAUCACGAGGAACAACGGAACGAGUUUGAGAACUUUGUGGAGGAGCAAAACGAUGAACAGGAAGAGAGAAACCGGGAGGCUAUUGAGCAGUGGCGCCAGUGGCAUUACGAUGGCCUGUACCCACCAUAUCUCUAUAACCGCCACCACAUCUGA